CUGCGUUUCCCAUCUUCUCUCAGUCCCAUUAUUGAGUCCUUUGCUCCCUCUCUCCUUCCUUGCACAAAUCUCAGCUCUCCUCCGCUGCCGCCUCGCCGCCCUCGAUGUCGACCGAGUGCCAGAAGCACUAUGGGGAGGGCCGGAGCACGGUCCGGCGGCUGUGCGUCGGCCUCCUCGUGUUCAACUUCCUCCUGCUGCUGAUCAUACUGGUGGUGUGGGCCGCCCUGAGGCCCCACAAGCCCCGGUUCGUCCUCCAGGACGUCACCGUCUACGCCUUCAACGCCUCCGUGCCCAACUUCCUGACCACCAACAUCCACGUCACCAUCUCGUCCCGCAACCCCAACCACCGGAUGGGGGUCUACUACGACAAGCUCGACAUCUACGCCAUCUACCGCAACCAGCAGAUCACCCUCCGCUCCUCCAUCCCUCCGUCGUACCAGGGGCACAAGGAGGUGGACGUGUGGUCUCCCUUUGUCUACGGGACGGCAGUGCCGGUGGCGCCGUUCAACUCGAUGGCGUUGACCCAGGAGCAGGCGGCAGGGACCAUCUUCCUGAUGAUCAAGAUCGACGGGCGGGUGAGGUGGAAAGUCGGGACCUUCACCUCCGGGCGCUACCACCUGUACGUCAAGUGUCCGGCGUACAUAAUUUUCCCCAAGAGCACGGCGACGUCGACGUCGACGCAGGUGCCUGCUACCUGCGGAGACGGAGACGGACACUGCGCCGUCAAGUUGCAGAUGGCCCAAAAAUGCAGCGUCGCCGUGUGAUUCGGGCUCUUCUGGUAGCCGUAUGUAAUGCUCCACUAUGUUGUUCACAGCUAUAGACAGGGGUCAGCUGCCUGAAUUGUACAUUUUGUGGAGGAAUAAGCUGGGAAAUGACAUGUUACGGGAAGCUCGAUGAUCUGAGACAGAAAGAGCAAAAUAAAACGGGUGUGAAUGGUUUAUAGCCAGAAAAGAGGAGAUAAUAAUGGAAAAGUUAUACGGAAAAGGGUUGAUUAUAUCGCUUAGAAAAAAUUAAUUAAUGGAAGGUAUUUUUAUUAUCGAUUA